CCCCAUGUCCCCCCAAUACACGUGUGUCCCUCCCCAAUACACAUACAUGUAUCUGGCUUUGCCAUCAUCCCCAUGGUGCACCCGCACACCCAGACGCCCAGCAUAUGCACUCUGGUCUAGAAAGGUACUUAUGGUGCACACGAAAGAUGAAUGUCCGAAUUAACCGAAAAAUGCCACACAGACCUCUCACCUAGCUAUGCACCCAUGGCCACCAUUCAGCCCACAUGUACAAAGGAAAGGAAAUAAAGCAUAGGUGACAUGAAUGACACAGCCGUGCACUCUUGCGUGUGUGGUUGUGUGGUGUACAGUCGAUGUGUAUCCGUGUUUCCCUCCCUCCGUCUGAUCACUCCUGCUCGAGUAUCUCGGCGAACGCCACCUGCCCAUGGGGCUGCGGCUGGAUGCGGGCAUCUGCACCCAUAAACGCACACACGCAACACGUGCCCAGAUAGCCAGCCCCCUUUCCUCCUUCCCCCGUCCCUCACUGACCAUGUGGGGCGGUCCACCCAGCCGUGCCGCGGUCGGGAACGUGUGCGUCUGGCAGAUCUUGGUCCUCCAGCAGCCGGGGAGUGAGUUUCUCCAGGAGCGCUGCGUGUCAUGCACACAGCAUCCCAUGGAAGCAGAAGACAUGAGCGAAGGGAAGGGGGGGGCCAGAGGAUUAGUCCUGCUCACCUCUAGCAUCAGGGUCGAGGCGUCGCAGGGAGGCCUGGAUCUGCCGCUGGAUGUCCACCGAUUCGGCCGCACUUACGCGGCGCAGCGUCUUGGCCUUCUCGGUGAGGGCCUCGGUGAGGCGAGUCUCGCCCGGUUCGUCGGGCUUGUAUGCCUCCCUCUUGCCCUUGGGCUGCAGCCAUGUGAGUCUGGCUUGGAGUGAGGCCGGCAUCUGGCUCACACCUGCACAUGCAUAGCACGAUAGCAAGGUUGGGUGGAGUCACUGCUGUGGUCUUGUCAGGCCCAGGGGGCGUGUGUCUACUGACUCAACUGACCUGGGAUGAAUUUGUCGGGGUAGACCUCGUGCAGCAGGAGGGCGAUGGCCGUGUAGAUGGCGAGACACCCUGCAAACGAGACAUGCAAUUGAGCGGGUGACAGGGAUGAAGAUGGGAAGGCAUCCAUGUCACCUCACCCCCCACCGACUUACCGGCCACACAGCUGAAGCCACCGGCGAUCUCAUAGAUCUCGGCAUUGUAUGCUCCGGCGCACGCCAGACUCCACUAGACGCAUCCAUGCGCGCAAGACACACGCACGCCCAACACACAUCAUAAACAAGCCUGUCUGUCUGUUCGUGUCUGGAGCCACUAACACACGUACGUAGACGACGACAAAGAAGAAUGUGGCGAUGCCGAGGAGGCUGCCUCUGAGGGAGCAGAGGAAAAAGGCGAACGAGACAAUCAGCACCAGGAUGCCCAGGGCGAAAUUGGCAUCCUGAAUCGGCCCGUCUCCCACAGGCAACACCCUGUGUGGUAGGAGAGACAGGACAACAAAGCAUGCUCAGCUUUGUUUGACUUCUGUGGAAAUUUAGCUGACCCUGUGUCAAAAGCACCGAGGCCGAGAGUCAAAAAGCCGUAGAAGGAGAAGAUGGUCAGGCCCAGCGUGUUGCCUUUAACAAGCUGCAGAGACACACACAUACGAAACCGGAGCCUCUCCCCCUCCCUCCUUCCCUUCAUACUUACCUCGCAAAUGCCUGCCAGGAGCUGGCCUGGACACACAGGCAGACAGCCGUGACAGAUACGGGUGCGGCACACAUGUCUCAUCUCAUGUCUCAUCUCAUUACCAACUCCCGAGUGUAUCAGAGUGAAGGCCCCUAUGGAACCAGCCAGACACCACACAAGCGACGUACGCAGACAGGUGCCACAACUAAGUACUUGAUGUGUGUCUGUCUGUCUGUCUGGCUGUUUGUCUGUUUGUCUGUCUAUCUGGAUCUUUGUCUUCUCUACAUACAAGCUAAGCUGUACAUACCGAUGAAUUGCGCGGCGUCUCCUUCGACCCAGCCGAUCAUCUUGAGGCUGAAGAUGAUGAAGGGCAUCCCAAACGCUAUCAGACCAAACGGCAUCGGAUUCGCCACCUGAAUGGAUUCAUCGACGGCCCAUCUGAUUCACCAUUCCAAUCCACAAACAUUCAGUGUGCUGGCUCCGUACAUUGAGAGCGACGGGGGCGAGGUCGGGAGCAGUCGACAGGCCCUGGCUAGACUUGUGAGCCCCACGGCGCCUCGUCGACUUGGUCGCGGCGGCUGCGAGAGACUCGAGGAUAACCUGCGCCAGCAGAGUGGGGCUCGCCUCCGCGUCACCAUCUUCGCCUUUGCCUGGCCCGGCAACGUCCUUCACGUCGUUCGUGGCCAUGCUUCUCCAGGGAGUCCGAAACGACCAGCCUUGCUCCUUGG